AUGAGACCUCGUGCUACCAAAAGGAGUUGGAGCAGUAGAACAUCCCAAUCCAAACCUAUUGGAGAAGCCUCUGAUCAUCAUCAAUCUCCAUUAAAAAGAUCAAAAAGGUGGGCACCCGAAAAACCAAUAUCGAAAGAGUUAGCCAUGCCCAUGAAUAUUAGUCUUGACGAUCUCCCUGAGUUUGUAUUGCUAGAAAUUCUUUCCCGACUCCCUCCUAAGUGUAAUGCUCGAUGCAUUGAUAACCAAAACCCCAUCAUUGCACGUGCUAUAAUCAUCUCGGAUAGAAGGCGUACAACAAGAAGAAGAAGUAAAUUUCUUUCCACAUCAUCAUUGGAGCAGCCUGAUGAAGAUGAACCAUGUGAGAGGAAUUUUUUUUCCAUGUCAUCGGAGCCUGAUCAUCAACCACAUGAACAUGAGUUGUCUCUGAGUUUCCUCCCUUGUUUCCAAGCUGAUAUUGUUGAUCCUUAUAAAGGUGAGCCGGUUGUGGUAGGAGCAUACAAUGAUUUAAUUUUGUGUUGUGCAACCACGUAUUAUCAACGUGAUUACUACAUCUGCAAUCCAUACACCAAGCAAUGGGAUGCUCUCCCUCCCCCCACGACGUACAAGGUUGUGCGAAUAAAUGACGAUAAAUUGGACUUUCCGGAGGUUUCCAGCGAAUUCUACAUGGAGAUCUUCUCUUCUGAGACUGGUCAAUGGACGCAAGGACUUGUAAAUAGCCCACGGAGUGAUGUUGAGGGCUUUACCGUUGGGUUGGAUCUCUACUCUCCUCGUGACCAGCUUGGUGAUAGUAUAUAUGUCUUUCGUUACAUUGAUAAGCCUGAAAUCGAAUCUGGAAGGUUUGACUUCCUAAGUGAGUGUGGAGGAGGAGGAGGAGAAGGGUGUCUGCGGAUGUGCGUCUUCUCCUCUACCAAUUUAGAUCAUGAUGAUCCUGCUCACACUCUAGGUGCUGUGAGUGUUUGGGAGUUGAAAGACGAUGGUCAUGGUGUUUGGGAUUGGGAUUGGAAAGGUCAUGGUCAAGUCAAGGAGACUGCAAAAUGGUGUUUGGUAGACACAGCUCGCAUUUUCGACUUAAUCUCGGCAAAUCCUCUCACCAAAAAGUGGAACGAUGAGCACCACGGGAGGACAAAAAGGGUUUUGGUGCUAGCUUUGGAUCCAAAUAAUGAGGAUGUCUUGUAUCUACAAUUGUUUGGUCGCAUUGUCAUGUACAACAUUGGUGCAAGAACGUUAAAGGAGACCACUUGGACCACUCAAUUCACACCUUUCAGUUUAAGAUGGGGAGGGAGAUCUGUCUUCCCAGUCUUUCCUUUUGUGCUCCCAUGGUGGCCGACGCCAAUACUUACCAGUCGUUCAAAUCAUCAUCAUGAAGCGGAAGAGCAGCAGAGUACACAUACACAUACACUAUUAUCAUCAAAGAGGUCAAGAGAAAAUGGACGAAAAGAGAUUGCUGCUGACGCUUCUUCUUCUUCUAGGCGGCCCAGGAAACGGUCUCGAAGGUAA